AUGGAAAAUGUGCUCAUUAAUGAUAAACUUGUUACUAAUAUUGAUUCUACUGCAAAUGUUGAUUCUAUUGCAGACAUUUCUACUGAUGAUGAUUUUGAUGAUGCUGGUUUAAACGAUGAUAAUAAUGUUGAUUUAGAUGAUGACGAUGAUGACAACGACGACGACAACAACAACAAUGAUGAUGAUGAUGACGAUGAUGAUGAUGAUGACAAAGAUAGUGACGAUGAAGAGGGGGAAAGAAAGAAUAUUGAUGAUGGUCUUGUUGAGGUAAAUUUGAAUGUCCCAUGUCUUGAAAAUAGAACUUUUGAUGAUUACUUUGACGAUGCAUACAUAUGUAAUGUUCCUGAUGCUAGUUCUACACCUCACACUCUUGAAGAUAACCAUUUACCACUUCCUCGUAUAUCCCCAAGUGAUCAUUGUAAUGAAAUAAGUCAUGUUAGUAGUACACCAAGCUCAAAUGCAACAAGUAUUGAUGAAGAUUUUUUUUUUGUUGUUCAAUAUUUUGUGGAUAAGAAAGAGUUGAAGAUGAAAGUACACAUGCUUGCUAUACGGCGAAACUUUGAAUUCAAAGUGAAAAAGUCAAAAAAGAAAUUAGUGGUUUUGGUUUGUGUUGACCCCAAUUGUAAGUGGAGAAUUCGUGCGACAAAGGCAUAUACAAAAGGUUUGUUUGGUUUGUGUUGA